AUGCUGUCAUCAGUUCAUUCUGUUGCAGAUGUAGAAGUUGGCCAAAAUCACCCUGGAACUGGCCGCCCAAUAACUAAACCUGAGAUUAACCAUGACUACAACAAGUUCAUAGGGGCAGUUGACAGGUGUGAUCAGAUGGUGGCCUAUUCUUGCUUCAGGCGACGCACCAUGAAAUGGUGGAAGAAAGUGUUCUUCCACCUGUUUUCCUUAAGCAGCCUGAAUGCUUACAUCCUGUACAAGCAAAGAACCCGGUCACCUGUGCUGCAAAGGACCUUUCGAAGGGAGCUUGUGAAGGAGCUUGUUAGGAAUUCUGGCAUCUCCCAUUCUCUCACUCCGAGAGGCCGCCCAAGGAGGUCAGCCGAAGGCUUAACCCAUCUUCAAGUUGGAGGUCACUUCCCAGAGAAAAUAUUGGGCACUGGGAAGAAGUCCAACAUCACCCGGGCAUGUGUGGUUUGCUUUCCUGCCCAGAAGAAGAUCCUAAAAAGGACAGGAGAGAAAAGGAAGAGGCCAGGAAAAGAGUCUAGCUUUCAGUGCAGUGUCUGUAAAGUAUCCCUCUGUAUACAGAACUGCUUCCAGUUGUUCCACACUGUUCAGGACUAUGUUGCUGCCUACAUUCAAAGACACGAUGCCAGUAAUGACAAUGACGAUGCUUAA